AUUUGGAAAAGCUGGGUGGAGCGCUGGCUGUAGGAUCGAAGAAUCAAGAAAGAAAAAAAUCCCUUUCAUCAUUUAUUAAAUUACAUAUUUCCAACUAAGGAGGCCGUUGCGGAGGACUUAAAACCCUCGUUGGCUGUCUAAAUCUUCAUGACCAUUUCCGGUGAGGCCACGUCUAGCUGUAAGAAACUCAUGAAGUUGGGACUCUCCAUCUUCCGCAGAGGCUUCAGCUCCUCCAAAUGCAAAACAAUGGCAAAAAUGGCAAUGGCGAGGAUAAAGCUGUUGAGGAAUAAGAGGGAGGCGGUAGUGAGGCAGAUGCGAAGAGACAUUGCUCUGCUUCUCCAGUCUGGACAGGAUGCCACUGCUCGAAUCCGGGUUGAACAUGUGAUCAGAGAACAGAAUAUUUUGGCUGCAAAUGAGUUCCUCGAGCUCUUCUGUGAAUUAAUCAUAGCAAGACUUACAAUCAUUUCAAAGCAAAGGGAUUGCCCAGCAGAUCUGAAAGAAGGGAUAUCUAGCUUAAUAUUUGCAGCCCCAAGGUGCUCAGAUAUUCCAGAGCUAUUGGCGAUUCGGGAUAAUUUUGAGAAGAAAUAUGGGAAAGAUUUUGUGUCUGCAGCUACUGAUUUACGACCUAGCUGUGGUGUAAAUCGCAUGCUGAUAGACAAGCUGUCUGUUAGAACCCCCAUGGGUGAAGUAAAGUUGAAAGUCAUGAAGGAAAUAGCAAAGGAAUACCAGAUCGAAUGGGAUACAACUGAAUCAGAGAAUGAGCUUCUCAAGCCUCCAGAAGAGCUUAUAAAUGGACCAUGCACAUUUGUCAGUGCAAGUAGCAUGCCCGUGAAGCCCAAACCAUCACAACCUAGUGACCUAAAUAAGCCAACUGCUAGAUCAACAGGUACUGAAGAGAGGCCCCCCAUGCAUUUCAAAGACAUGGAAUCAGCCGCUGAAGCUGCUGCAGAGUCUGCAAACAAAGCAAUCGCAGCUGCACAAGCUGCUGCCUAUCUGGCCAACAAAGGCCCCAAUCUGGUUACUCAAUCACCCGGUUUUAAUAAUAAUUUGAAUGUCUCAAGCACCGAUCAUGGUUUACGAUCCUACUCUCAGAACAAUAUGGGCUAUGAAGCUAAAAUCCCAGGGAGGAUGCACGAAUCACAGAGCUUUGACAGAUCUCACCAUCUAAACACCGAAGAGAGAAGACCAAACAAUGGGGAUGAUAGACAGGCUUACAGAAGACACAGCUACAAUGCUCCUUCUGCACAUCCAAACAUAAAAUUUGAUGAAUCGGACAGUGAUGAAGAAAUUGAGACUCAAGAUACUUAUGCUGGUAUCCAGCCACCACCAGGACGGGAUCCACCUCCGAUACCACCAUCUCAUUUUCAACAGAGUCCAGUCCCCAGUGUGCAUCCCAAAUUGCCAGAUUAUGAUGCACUGACUGCUCGCUUUGAAGCUCUCAAGUAUCGCAAAUCUUAAACCUUAAAAUCAUAUUGCUAAUGUGUAUUGCUCGUUUUAGAUAAUUUUCAAUUCGUAAAUUCUGCAUGGACACAAGAUAAUUGGUUUCUUGAACUAAGUUUUCCAUAUUCUUUUCUUUUCUUUCUUUCGGUUUUUAAUUUAUUCAUUUUUGGUAUUGUUCUUAUCAUAAAACAGGGUUGAAUGAAUAAAUUAUUUUUAUACGUGGUA